UGCAUCCCAGCCCAGAGGGAGGGAAUCCAGAGCGGUAGUUUACUCACUGUAAAACAUAGAGAGCUGGGAGCAGCUUGACAGCCAUACAUACACACACAUAUACAGAGAGCUGGACAGCAUACUGACUGCAAACACCUUACAAGCAAUUCCACAACACCAGAGAAUACUCUGCAAUAUAAACACAGAUAUACAAAGAGCUCUGCUGGGCCUGCAGCACCCAACAGUAAUACACCGAGCUCUGCAGGACCUGCAAAACAUAAACUGCAAUACACACCGCUCUGCAGGAGCUGCAACAUAAACACACGACUACACAGAGCUCUGCAUGACCUGCUAAACAGAAACAGGAAUACACAGAGCUCUGCAGGAGCUGCAAUAUAUACAUAUAUAAACAGGAAUACACACAGUUCUGCAGGAUCUGCAACUUAUUUUUACAGCAAUUUGCAGCGCUGCAAUAAUUGCUGCACCUUUUGAAUCCAGGUCUGCAACCUUGGUUGCCUGGCAGCACAAAUGCAGUAGCCCAGGACCUUCUGCAGUAGCCCUGUAGAUCGUGUUUUCUCCACUGCCAUAUCAUCUUCCAGGAGGUGAGCCCACUAUCCAGUAUGUCAAAGUAUAAACUGGUUAUGCUGAGGCAUGGUGAGGGAGCUUGGAACAUAGAAAACCGCUUUUGCAGUUGGGUUGACCAAAAGCUGAGUGCUGAUGGACUUAAAGAAGCUGAAAUGUGUGGGAAACAUUUGAAGUCAUUGGGUUUUGAAUUUGAUAUGGUGUUCACAUCGAUCCUGAGCCGUUCCAUACAAACGGCGUGGCUAGUGUUGCAGGAGCUGGGACAAGAAUGGGUUCCACUACGGAGUUCAUGGAGAUUGAAUGAGCGACAUUAUGGAGCACUAAUAGGCCUCAACCGGGCAGAAUUGGCACUGAACCAUGGAGAGGAACAAGUGAAGAUUUGGAGAAGAAGCUAUGAUGUUGCACCACCACCAAUUGAUGAGACCCAUCCUUAUUACCAAGUAAUUCAUACAGAUCGGAGAUAUUCAUUUUGCGAUAUCCAGAAAGAAAAAUUACCGAAAUCUGAAAGCUUGAAGCAUGUUUUGGAAAGGCUACUACCCUACUGGAACGAUGUAAUUGCACCUGAAAUAAAAAAAGGAAAAAAUAUUCUUAUAUCUGCACAUGGUAAUAGUACAAGGGCAUUACUAAAACAUUUGGAAGGCAUUUCUGAUACGGACAUAAUAAACAUUUCUCUUCCAACUGGUGUUCCUGUGCUUCUUGAACUUGAUGAAAAUCUGCACCCAAUCAAGCCACAUGUAUUUUUGGGUGAUCAAGAAGCUAUCCAGGCUGCCAUAAAGAAAGUAGAAGAUCAAGGAAAAGUGAAGCCUACUGAUAAUUAGCUUGCAAAUGUUAUGGUUUGCAUUUUUUUUUGCCAUUUCCUCCUUUUGAGAGGUCCCUCAUGUUUUUGUGUGUUUUAACAAACCUCUUAAUUUGUAGCACAUUGUGUAAAUAGUUUCCUGUUUUUUUUUUUUUUGCAAACAAAUGUUGUACCAAGUUUUGUAUAUGCAUAUGCUAUAUAUUCAGAAGGGGGUUUAUGACUUAGCUAGCACUUUAUUAAAAUGCUGUUUAAUGUG